UUCUCUUUCUCUGACUAUGUCUUCUGCAGUGGUACAGUUGUAUGCAGCAGAUCGGAACUGUAUGUGGUCAAAGAAGUGCAGUGGGGUUGCAUGUCUUGUUAAGGACAAUCCUCAGAGAUCUUAUUUUUUAAGGAUAUUUGACAUUAAGGAUGGGAAACUAUUGUGGGAACAAGAACUAUACAAUAACUUUGUAUAUAAUAGUCCUAGAGGAUAUUUUCAUACCUUUGCUGGAGAUACUUGUCAAGUUGCUCUUAAUUUUGCCAAUGAAGAAGAAGCGAAAAAAUUCCGAAAAGCAGUUACAGACCUAUUGGGCCGGCGACAAAGAAAAUCUGAGAGAAGACGAGACCUUUCAAAUGGUCCUAAUUUACCCAUGGCUACAGUUGACAUAAAAAAUCCAGAAAUCACAACAAAUAGAUUUUAUAGUUCACAAGUCAACAACAUCUCCCAUACCAAAGAAAAGAAGAAAGGAAAAGCUAAAAAGAAGAGAUUAACUAAGGCAGAUAUUGGGACACCAAGCAAUUUUCAGCAUAUUGGACACGUUGGUUGGGAUCCAAAUACAGGCUUUGAUCUGAAUAAUUUGGAUCCAGAAUUGAAGAAUCUUUUUGAUAUGUGUGGAAUCUCAGAGGCACAACUUAAAGACAGAGAAACAUCAAAAGUUAUAUAUGACUUUAUUGAAAAAACAGGAGGAGUGGAAGCUGUUAAAAAUGAACUACGAAGACAAGCACCACCACCUCCACCACCAUCAAGGGGAGGGCCGCUGCCUCCUCCUCCCCCUCCACAUAGCUCAGGCCCUCCGCCUCCUCCUGCCAGGGGAAGAGGUGCUCCUCCUCCACCGCCUUCAAGAGCCCCGACAGCUGCACCUCCACCUCCACCUCCUUCCCGGCCAAAUGUAGCAGUCCCUCCACCGCCACCAAAUAGGAUGUACCCACCUCCACCUCCAGCCCUUCCCUCCUCAGCACCCUCAGGGCCUCCACCACCACCUCCAUCUCUGUCGGUGACGGGGCCAGCGGUACCACCCCCACCGCCUCCACCUCCACCUCCACCAGGGCCACCGCCUCUCCCUGGCCUCCCUUCUGAUGGGGACCAUCAAGUUCCAACUCCUGCAGGAAACAAAGCGGCUCUUUUAGAUCAAAUCAGAGAGGGUGCUCAGCUAAAAAAAGUGGAACAGAACAGUCGACCAGUGUCCUGCUCUGGAAGGGAUGCACUUUUAGACCAGAUACGACAGGGUAUUCAGCUGAAAUCUGUGUCGGAUGGCCAAGAGUCCACACCACCAACGUCUGCACCCACAUCAGGAAUUGUGGGUGCAUUAAUGGAAGUGAUGCAGAAAAGGAGCAAAGCCAUUCAUUCUUCAGAUGAAGAUGAAGAUGAAGACGAUGAAGAAGAUUUUGAGGAUGAUGAUGAAUGGGAAGACUGAUCUAUAUAUUAUAUAUAUAUAUUUUUAAGGUGAAAUACUAAACACUACUUUCUGUCUAUGGAUUCUGUAAAAUUAUCAUGUAAAUGUUCUACCAAUUUGCUGUAUAUUUUUGUUGCCUUUUUUGCUUUUUUUUUAUUAAUCUGUGCAAUACCUCAUUUAAUCUGUAAAGGUUUGUCAUAAUCCUUCUACAAAGCUACUCCCUGUUACUGUGUGCAAGUUUACACCAGAAUGCUCACUUGAUUUGUGAAUAAUUUUCAUUCCAUCAACAAGGGAGUUUAAAUAUUAUAUGUGAGACUGACAAAAACCUUAAUGUAAUUUAGUUAUAAUGCCAGAAGGAAAACACUAUUUUCAUACCCUACUUUUUCUGUACCUAAAUUUUCUUAUUAAAAUCUAGUAUAGCACUACAUUCUUUUUUAAGUGAUGCAAACCUUAGUUCCUUUAGCCCCUUCAUUUUGAAUACAAUGCUACAUAUGAAUGUUGGAGCUGAUGCAUUGCACAGUUCUGUAGACAUCACUACACUGAUAAAGUUUCUCGAAUUUUAGCAAUAUGCUCUACAUAAAAUCACUACAGAGAUCCUAGUGGAGAGACUCCGUAACACACCUCGAACCGCAGUAUUGCCCUCGUUGGUGCAGCAGUGGUGUUUGCAGGCUGAACCAGAAGGGCCUUUACAUGCCUGUACUUGACAGAGGUUAUCUUUAUGCUAUAGCAAAUAUGCCAGGUUCUUUCUGACAAAAAAAAAUUUUAAAUUAUAUUUGGUAUUCUGAAACAAAAUUUUUAAGUUGGAGUUUGAGGGGUAAUUUCAUUCUGCAUGAUCUGAAGGGCCUUAUAUAUUAUGGCUGCUCAAAUAUUUGGUAAAAAUGCUGUACAAGUUUAGAACUUUAUUAAAAUGGUGUUGAAUUUAACAUUUUUAUUUUGCAGCCAUAAAACUGAUCUACUUGGUAGAGGUAUUAUGCACUGUAAUACUGAACCUAGUAACAUGCUAUAUAUUUUUAUCUGGAUAAUUUCUCAAGGUUUCUGUCAAAUAUCACAUGAAAGUUAUAUUUUUCUUACAAGAUUGGUCCCAGUGUCAAAUUUCUUGAGACAUAACCAAAUGAUAGAUUUUCAAAAAAUAAAACUUUACAACCUGCACAUUUGUUAUGCAUACUAAAUGGUGUGUUAAAAUUAGGGUUUCCUUGCCUCUCUACAAAACACUAAUCUGCCUAAAGGUGGUUUUUCAUAUUCAUAGUGCUAAUUAUCAUUCCACCCUACUUUAAAUUUUAGGUAGAAAAUUAUCUGAUUUAAAUACAGGCAUAUUUUUCUCACAUUGAGUCAUAUGCAGAAUGUAGUUCCAAAUGUAUUUCAUUACUAUAGUCACAAUAUCCAACUAAAAAUUAUGCUAUCUAGAAUUGUACCGACCAAAAUCUAGUAUUGGCAUGAUCUUGACAGGCUGGACCUGCAAGAUGUGGCUUGAAUUUUAACCAGUUAUUACAUAAUCUCUAGUGAUCAUACAUCUAGUUAUCAUAAGAAAUAAUUUAAAGGGUUUUGUUGCUGAAAGCAGUAAGUGGUGCAGUAAAAUAGUUAAGUUAUUCAAAGAUUGUUACCUUCCUUGCAAGAAUAAUUUAAGCACAUGGGAAAGAUUCUAGACUUUUUGUUUCUUGCAAAAACAGUGCCCUCUGCUGCUAGACAUCAUUUUCUGCUUACUGUCGUUUUUAUUGUGGCUUGAGCUCAGUGAGUGGUGUGGAUGAGGCUGGACAACUACUAACCAA